AUGAGCAGCCCCCAAAAGAAACCUUGCCAUGAAGCUCACGAUGCUGAUGCUUCAUCAUACACAAACGCAGACUGCCAAGGCACAGCGAUACGGGACGUUCUAGAUUUGCGGGCAAAAGGGAAGCUAUUCGGUGGUAGGGGCAUUGAAGAGUGUUUUCAUGCUUGUUUUGGCUUUGAAGACUUGUCACAAGCUGGUGCCCUGGUGAACGACACCGCAGGUGUAGAAGCAGUAGCAGAGGCCGCCAGGCCACAGAGAGAGGGAGAAAGCAAACUAUUGGAAAAUAAAGGCGAUUUUGAGAUAGGUUGCUGGAAAAGGCUCAAGCAGAGUGAUUGGUCUGCGGCACUCUGCAUUUGCCUACACCGCGUAGCGCCUCCCUAUAUUCCCCUGCCUCCUUCUGUAGCCAACUACCAUGGGAUAAAAGGAGACGCAAGCAGAACGGGGGGGGCUGCAGCUCCAUAUGAUGAUUUUGGUUUAGGGUACGCGUCACUGGAAUCCUUGCUUCCUUCUUGUGAUUUGGGGCUUGGUAGAUCUUCUCCCUCUCACGCGUCUGCAGGCCCUCCCCACGACGGAUGGGUAGAGAACAAGGGAGGCCCCCAGAGCAGCAGCGGGGGGCCUGAAGAGGAGGGUUCCUGCAAUCUCGCCUUUGGUGCUGAAGAUGCGAGCAGCGUCAGCCCCCGCCCUACUUCGCAGGCAUCAAAAGAGCUCUUUAGGUUUUGGGCUUGCUGUCCUGACAAUUCCUUCACUACGCAACGUCGAGAAAAGGAACCUGCAGGGUUUGCGCAUGCGCCACUCGCUACCCUCCCAUCAAGGAAGCAGAACCCCUCAGCUACACCGGCAGCGGAGGUCCGCAGGGAUCUGCCGCUGACUUUGGAAGGUAGAGAGGCCAAGCCAAAGGGAGAGUUACGGUCUGCAGUCCAGUCAAGCAAGGGAAAGGCUCUGAAGAGCAGCACCACCCGUAGAGGAGAAGUAGAGGCGAGGCCUCGAGGAGACAGAAAAGGGGGCCCUUCAGCCCCACAGAGAGCGUUAAAGGCUCGCGGAGUUGUCAGUGGACGUGCCACCACCCCAAGGACCCCGCAACAACUACUCGGGGGCCACAAGAAAGCAACGUGGUCCUUGGAAGAGCCUUACAAGAAUUUAGGUGAGGCAGGCAAUAGUGACGAAAGGGGUGGCGCACGAGCCGUUGGGCAACCGUCUACAGGAGCAACACUCGUUGAGCUCACCCAACCAGCAACAGCAGCAGAUGCAGCAGAUUCAGCGGCAGGCAGAGUGGUUGUCUCCUUCGAAAGAGCAGCAGAGCCAAGUACUCACGUCCUUGCCAUCCGUCACCCUUUGCAAGCCUCCGCUUUAUCCCACUCAACUGCUUCGAUGGCAGCAAGUGCAGCAGCAAGCACAGCAGCAGCAGCCAGGCCCAUCAGCAUAUUGCGUUCAGCAAAAGGGUCCAACUAUGAUUCAGCCACCGUGCAUGCCACCGACCUUUCCAGGGACACACCAGGAGCAGCACCAGCACCAGCAACUCCUUUGUGCCUCAGGGGAGCUGCAGGAAUCACAGCAGGACCAGCAGCAACCGCAUCACGUAGAAAGCCACCAGCAGAUAAUGCAACCGCAUCAGCCGCAUGGAAAGCAGCAGGUAGUGGCACGCCUCGGACAGGUGGAGGAGCAAACCCUGAAACAAGUAAACCCCCAGCAGCAGCAGCUACAUCGGCUUCCAAUGAGUGUACAGCCUCUUCCCUUACCACUCAUACAGGGACGAAUAGGCUCCAGUUGCUUCGACAGCCAGCAGGCCAAGCUUCCCCUCCAUUGUGGCUCAUCACGGAGAAAACUGCCAAUUCCGAGCCCCGAAUAGAGCAUCUUGGAACAAGAACAACAGUGCAGAGGCCAAUGCCCGUGCCCACUCCACUACAUGCAGAUGAGGAGCACGCACACCUCCCUCAAGCCCAAGAAAACACCCACGUCACAACAAGCAAGCAGCAGCAACAACCGCCGAGCAGCCCAGAAGAGAUUCCGCUGGAAACGCAGUCAGCAGAGACGCCGCAGCAGCAACAACAGCAGGCGUCAGCUCCUUCAAGAGAGCUGCAGCAGAGAGGGCAGCUGCUAAUGCUGAAACAGCUGCAGGAAGAGGAGCAACAGCACAGUAGCACCGCUAACAGAGUUUUUGUCCAGUGGCCCGCCACUCAGGCAUUGGGCCCCAGGGGGGAUACAGCACCACCAGCAAAUACCGGGCAUGUGGGUCGCCCAGCCGACCCCGCUCCAGCUGCAGCAGCAGUUGGUGCUGCACCGGUAUACGAUAUCCCCGUUGCCUCAACCACCAGGAGCCCCAAUUGUACUAACGCAGAACAAAGAAGGGGGACGCCCUGA